AGAGAGAGAGAGAGAGAGAGAGAGAGAGAGAGAGGAGCAUGCAUACAGAUCCGUCUUCUGUAGAUCACCUACACAGUGUCAGAAAUAGAGCUGAGAUUUAAGGCAGUUGCUUACAAAGGAUCUGCAUGAAUUCUUGGGAGGUGUGCUAAUAUAUCAACCUGACAGAGGAUACAGGUUGAUUGACUAACAUCAGAAAGUAAACCAACAAGCAUGUGAAGACAAAAAGAGAACAUGACGAAGAAGAGACUGAGAUGUAUGCUGAAAUGACCUAUCUUGUCACGGUGUGCCCCUGAACCAAUCCUAAAACCUGCUCUAACAGGAUUCUAGGAUGUAAGGUCAAUGGACUGAGACUGCAGAGCAUUUAAGCCAUCUGAAAGACUGCAGCCAAACCACAAAAGAGACUGGAGGAGGAUUUUGAGACACUCAUGUAACUACUUCAGAAGACUGGAGAUGAAGGAACAGAGUGCACUUCAUCUUUGAGAACAUUUAUUUUGCUAAAUGUAACAAGCCCUGGGCUCUCCUAUCAAAACAGACUGAAAGGUCCACCUCACAGUGAAUCUACAUCAUAUUAAAUCAGUUUGAUUAUGAAAAUGGAACACGCUACAAUGUUUCUUCUGCACAUACAUCUACUGCUUGGAGUUGCAAGCUCCCUGGUUAUUCAAUCCAUGCCCUGGAGGGUUCCCUGCCCCCUUCAGUGUGUCUGCCAAAUCAAGCCCUGGUACUCUCCUCAGUCUGUGUACAGAGAGGCUCCAACAGUAGACUGCAAUGACCUGCUACUUAUCCAGCUGCCCACUUCCCUUCCUCCAGAGACACAAACCCUCCGGCUGCAAAGUAACCUCAUCAGUUCUGUAGACCAGAAUGAACUCCAGGGCCUUGUCAAUCUGACAGAGUUGGAUCUCUCCCAUAACAGCUUUACCAGUACCCGAAACUUGCGAAUAACUGGCCUGCCAGCUCUUCUCAGCCUACACAUGGAGGAAAACCAGCUGAGACACCUCCCAGAAGCAGCCUUCUUUGGUCUUUCUAGCCUGCAGGAGUUGUACCUCAAUCACAACAGGCUACGAAGCAUCUCCCCUGGGGCCUUUAAGGGCCUGGAGAAACUGUUAAGGCUUCAUCUUAACUCUAACCGCCUGGUUGUAAUUGACAGGCGUUGGUUCCAUGCUUUACCACAACUGGAAGUGCUCAUGAUUGGUGGAAACCCUGUGGACACAAUCCAGGACCUGAAUUUUAAACCGCUGGGCUCCUUGCGCAGUCUGGUCCUAGCAGGCAUGGGCUUACGUGAGAUCUCAGAGCGAGCGCUGGAGGGGCUUCAAAACCUUGAGAGCAUCAGCUUUUAUGAUAACCACCUAAUAAAAGUCCCAAAAGAGGCACUUCAAAAACUACCAGAUCUUAAGUUUCUUGACUUGAACAAGAACCCCAUUCAGCUAGUGCAGAGGGGAGACUUCAGAAAUAUGCUACACCUGAAGGAACUCGGCUUAAACAACAUGGAGGAGCUUAUCUCUAUUGAGAACUCUGCAAUGGAAAACCUGCCUGAACUGACCAAACUAGAGAUCACAAACAAUCCUCGGCUGUCAUACAUCCACCCUCAAGCCUUCCAAAAGUUGUCAAGCAUGGAAAGUCUAAUGCUGAACAGUAAUGCCUUGAGUGCCCUGCAUCGCCAGACAGUCAGGUCACUGCCUAGCCUUCAAGAAAUUAGCUUGCACAGCAAUCCCAUUCGCUGUGACUGCCUAAUCCGUUGGGUGGGAGCUGAUAAUGUCAAGCCAGUCCGUUUCAUUGAGCCUCAGUCCACAUUCUGCUCUGAGCCUCCUGAUCUGAAAGCCAGGAGAGUUAAAGAAGUCUCAUUCAGAGAGAUGGCAGACAGCUGCCUGCCCUUGAUUGCUCCAAGCACAUUUCCCUCUUACAUUGAAGUCAAAUAUGGCGACAACGUGGCCUUGCACUGCCGAGCACUGGCAGAGCCAGAGGCGAGUAUCUACUGGGUCAUUCCCCAGGGUUUGAGAUUGACUCCAUCCAGCAGCUAUGGGCAUUAUCAGGUUCUAACAGAGGGUACAUUAGAGAUUUUUGGAGUCACUACCAAAGAAGCUGGCUUCUAUACUUGUGUUGCACAGAACCUAGUGGGAGCUGACACUAGAAGCUUGACUCUACAGGUAGAGGGAAGUGGAAAGUUUCAUACAAGUAACCAAAAGACAGAGAAUAGCUUUAAAGUGCAUGAUGUCAAAGAAAGGUAUGCCUUAUUGACCUGGCAAGCCAGCCAUAACGUUCCUACUGCCCAUCUCUCUUGGGUGGCCAAUGGCAGUUUGGAAAAUCAUCACAGCACUCGAAUUCUAGCUGGCACCAGGAGAUUCAACCUAACCCGUCUCCAACCAGGGACUCACUACAAAGUUUGCCUCCAUAUGGGGCCAAAUGAAACCUCCUGUGUCCAUCUAAGGACCAUGGAGGCAUCUAAGCCAGAUCCGUUACCAGACCUGACCCAAGCAGUCCUACUGGCAGUGUCAGCUCUGCUUCUUUUAUUGGCAGCCAGAGCAUGUCACAGGGGAGCCCAGUUCAGUUGGAAAGACCACAUGCCAGAGUUUGAAAAGUCCCACACCACCAUUCUGGCCCUGGAGGCUAAGGCUUUUAUGGCUCCUCCAAUACUGGUAAAGGGUCUGAAUCAGCAGCAUUCAGAUAACACCAAAUCAGAUGGCAGAGGCAAAGACCUCCGAAAUACUUUGCUGGGGCAAGAUACUCGUGGGCAAACAAAAGAGGCAUGCUGAGCAGAGUAAAAGAGUUCAAAAAGAAUGGACAAAAACCACUAGAGUAUAAGCUUCAUAAGCUACUCACUUUACCACACUGACAGUCAAAACUCUGAAACAAAUCUGAAACAAACACUACAAUAAUUUUUUGGCAGAUCUGCUUCAUAUAAAAAGCAACAGAGUUUCAAGUAUAGAGUAAAACAUCCAUCCAUCCAUCCAUCGUCAGCCGCUUAUCCUGUGUACAGGGUCGCGGGGGGCUGGAGCCUAUCCCAGCUAACAUUGGGCGAAAGGCGGGGGACACCCUGGACAGGUCGCCAGUCCAUCGCAGGGCCACACAUAGACAGACAUACACUCACACUCACACUCACCUCAGAGUAAAACAUGACAAAGAAAAAAGAUAUAUGUAUUUAUUUUGUAAUGAAAAUACAAUACAAUACAUACAGCAUAUGUAUAUUUAAAGCAUUUGUUCAUGUAAUCAUAUACAGUAUCAACAAAGGACACAAAAGCUGUGCUGCACCCUCCCAAUUUAAUGAGUCUCACAACAGGUCAAAUGGUUUUAGGAAGAAGCACUUAUAUUUUUAAUUCUAAAGAAGACUGAUUUGACACAGGGAUGCAAGGAACGCUAACAGAAAAGAAUCUCAGCAAACCAUUCACACCACUUAAUUUUCAACUGAAAAAUAUACAAUUCAAGUCUUCUUAAGAGGAUGGAUGUUUAAAUGUUUUAAACCUAAUGUAUGAACUCUUUUAAACAAUUUGUUGUUCUCUAAAACCCUAGAGAUCACUUCAAAUUUAUCACCAUACCCGUGAAAGCAAAGUUUUUUAGUGCACAAAGAGAAAAGCUUUUAGUUUUUCUUCCAGAAAUGGAUUGAUCCACACAUAUGACAGGAGCCAUAAACUUAUGACCCAAUCUGCUCAGUGGUGGAUGUUUUCCUAUUCCAGUCCCCUCAAUACUGAAAUAUUGCAGCCCCAAGCUUUGAAAAACAACCCCAAGGGAACAGAUGUAUCAGUGUUGAUGGACAUACAGCCAAGACAUAUGUGUCUACCUCUUUGUUCAACGUGUCAAGAAGAAGAGACGUUUCAUGGAGAAAUCAUGAGGAACAGACCCUUGAUUGUCUGUGGGCGCUGGCACCAAACUCCAUCCCUACCAGCAGAAGGCAAACAUUUACUUCUACAUGCAAACUGUGUUUUGUAGAAAGCAAGCAAUUUAGAGUUUCCAUCUCUACAGUACUGAUCAACAAUUACUGGUCCUGACAGACCACUAGAGGACACGUUCAAGGAAAGAAAGUUCUGUUCGUGUUUUAAAAAUAAUAAUAAUAAAAAAUAAAUAUUCAUAAUGGGCUUUUCUUAAAAAGCUUGUUGGGUGACGAUUCAAUAUACACUGCUCUGACUGCUGGACAGCUAAAUUAAUGAGACAUACCCAGUGAAGCAGGGGUCAGUGAUGGGAAAGUCAACAGCAUUGGGGAUUGUAAACUGUUCUCUUACAUUUUUAAAAUAUGAAAUAACAUUUUAUGGUAACUUUGGUUUGAUUUUUUCAGUUUGUGGUUGAUAUGUCCCAUUGUUUCAGUGACUCUCUCUAAAUUGAAUGUCUUGUCCACUCAAAUGUAUAUCGUUUUGUUUUAUUUUAUUUGUUGAUCAUUGGUUUUUGCCACCUCAAAAGCUGUACAUAAAUCAAUCAGACUUUCCUAUUCAACAUACAACUUUAUGAAACAAUUUAGAUUAUUGUGUGUUAAAUUCUAUUUUGAGCUAUUAUUAAAACAUU